AUGGUGUUCUACUUCUAUCCGCGCGGCCACAAGCCGAACACGGAGGACUUUAUGAUCUAUAUGGGUAAAGACAAGUAUGAGAACGAAGACCUGAUCGCGCAUGGCCUUCCAUGCUGCAAGACCAACAACGUGACCAUCGUGUACACCCCCUGGAGCAACCUGAAGAAGACGGCGGGCAUGGAUGUGGGCCAGGUAGGCUUUUAUGACCAGUCCCUGGUGUUCAAGGUGAAGGUGGAGAGGAAGAAUAACGAGAUCAUAAACCGAUUGGAAAAGACGCGGCAGGAGCGGUACCCUGAUCUUGCGGCGGAAAAGGAGGUGUACAUGUCGCAGGUGCGUCAGGCUCGCCGUGCUGGCGAGCGAGCUGCUCGGGCCGUGGAGAAGGCCGCCCGGGAGGAGCGCAAGAAGCAGGAAGACCUCAAGAGCUACAAACACAUCAUGAAGGAUGAGUUCAUGGUCAGUAACAAGGACCUGAAGGACAAGUACACCUCUGUGGAGGAGCUUGAAGACGACUUCAUGUGA